CUCAGUCUACAUUGAGAUCUCAGCCGUGUUAGGUAGAAAAAAAAGUAUACGCGCGCGUCUUACGAACUCGUGACUUCAUCCACAGUCCCAGGUUUGUCUUCGCGGUGGGCAUAUGGAGAAUCAGAGUCAAGUGAAGAAGGUCUCCUUCUCGGAUCAGUGUAGUGAGGAACGUGAGGAGCAGUGCGCCGAAAGUGCCAUGAGUGCCAAUCCAAUGGAUUUUGCCAUGAGGCAGAAUCUAGCCUAUGUGAGUGCAUUGCAUACCCCACCCGAUCCUGCUGUCGUUGAGGCAUUCAAGGAGGAUGCUAAGCCCACGGAUGCCGUGGAUUCACGUAGUAGUGCCACUGUUAAGCCCUUCAGCGAUACGUAUAAGAAAUUCUUCGCACCACCCCCGCAUGAUGAGGUGAAAAAAGACACCACACCACAGGAGUGCAGUGUGAUGGAGCUAGAGGUCAAACGGGACAAACUCCGAUGGAUCCUCAUAAGUGAGUGCAGUGUUCUCCUGGGUGAGGACAAGCUCACCUUUGAGAGCUUCCAGAAGUGCUUCAAAAAUCAGAAAUUCUUGAGGAAUUUCUUCAGGCUGUUUGAUUUGGAGAAUGAAGAUGCCCUGUGCCAGGAGAAAUGGAUUGAGCACCUCAAGGGACGCCUUACGGAAGAGAAGCAAAUUGAUUUUGCUGAACAGCUGGAGUCUGUGGCGUACGUUCUAUGUGGCGAGGGGAGGAUCACCUUUGAUAAAUUCUGCGAAAUCUGGCACGCCAAGGGGAUCCUCGAUAAGCUCUAUCGUCUCAUAGACACAGAUUCCCUGCAUCAGGUGUCCACGCACCAAAUUAUGGAUUUUAUUUCGAAUCUAACAAAUGCUCGACCCAAGACGGGCUUUGAUAAGAGUUCCCUCGAUCGCCUUGAGCACCUCUUCCGCAAGACAGUGGGGAAUGAGAAGGAAAUUCGUCGGGAGGACUUUAAGAAAAUUGUCACAUCGAAGAAUCCCUUCUUCACGGAGCGUGUCUUCCAGAUCUUCGAUAAGGAUAAUUCAGGAUCUAUUUCUCUGCAGGAAUUCAUCGAUGCUAUGCAUCAAUUUGCCGGGCAAUCGCCGGAGGAUAAGAUAAAAUUCCUCUUCAAGGUAUACGAUCUCGAUGGGGAUGGAUUGAUUCAGCAUCGUGAGUUGCAGCAUGUUAUGCGUGCGUGCAUGGAGGAGAAUGGGAUGAGAUUCUCCCAGGAGCAAAUUGAGGAUCUCACAAUGGCUAUGUUUGAGGAUGCUGAUCCCUACAACCGUGGUGCCAUCACGUAUGAAGCACUGAAGAAUCAACUUGAGAAGCAUGGUGGCCUUCUGGAGAAUCUCAGCAUCAGCAUCGACAGGUGGCUCGUGCCACUACCGCAGGAGACAACGCGCAAAGUGAAGAAACCCCUGCCACAUCAGCUCACAACGCCAUAUCUCAAGAAUAACUACGUCUACCUGAGCUUCCUCUGCCUCUUUAUUGCCAUUAAUGUUGGGCUCUUUAUCUCUCGCGCCAUACAGUACAGAGAGAGCAAUGGAUUCGUCAUUCUGGCUAGAGCCUGUGGACAAUGUCUCAACUUCAAUUGUGCCUGGGUCCUUGUUCUGAUGCUCCGUCAUACGAUCACCUUCCUGAGGACAAGAGGUCUUGGGGCCCUAAUUCCUCUUGAUCAUCACAUUUACCUCCAUAAACUGACUGGAGUCCUAAUUGCGAGUUUCAGUCUCCUCCAUACGAUCAUGCACCUGUUCAAUUUUACUCUGAUAGUCGCAAAUGACCCCGUUGUUAAUCAUGGAAACUACUCAGCAGCCACGUGGAUUUUCACAGCAAAACCAGGGCUCUUUGGUCUAAUCCCAGGCUAUGCAAAUCCCACAGGAAUAGCUUUGCUCUUUAUUCUUUCCGUUAUAUUUAUUUGUUCUCAGCCUUUUGUAAGACGUGGCGGUAGUUUUGAGAUCUUCUACUGGACGCAUCUUCUCUACGUGCCCUUUUGGUUUUUGGUCCUCAUUCAUGGACCUAACUUCUGGAAAUGGUUCAUUCUACCUGGUCUAAUCUAUACAUUUGAGAGGGCUCUCAGAUUGAUCUGGAUGCGCUCACAGCGUGGGAAAACCUACAUCUCCUCGGGCCUCCUUCUUCCCUCAAAGGUGACUCAUUUGGUCAUAAAACGUCCCCCACACUUCUACUUCCGUCCCGGAGAUUAUGUCUUCGUAAAUAUCCCAGCAAUAGCCAAAUACGAGUGGCAUCCAUUCACACUGAGUAGUGCUCCUGAGCAAGAAGACUACAUGUGGCUGCAUAUAAGAGCUGUUGGGGAAUGGACCAACAGACUCUACAACUACUUUGAACGAGAACAUAAUCGCCUGCAUAGCGGAGAAAUUCCUCCAGCUUCAGCCCAAGACAUCUUACGUCCCACUCCGAAGGGGAUCAAAACCAACAAUUUCGAGACGGUUAUUGAGAAAGUCAAUGAAUCCAUGGAAAGUCCUGGUGAGAAUAGCGAAGAAAAAGUCACCAGGAACCUUCCUGGAACAUCUAAAUUAGCCAUGGACAACACAAAACCCGUGAAACUGGAGCGACAGAUUUCCGAGAAAACCGCCAUAAGGAAGCUUCAGGCUUCCAUCCAGAGAACCUUCUCAAAUGCAGACAAGCAGAGGGCAUCACCAACAGGAGGAGAAUACUGGAAUGAGGGUUUCACAAUGAAGCCAGAAGCUGAGCCAAAUCGUCAACCAGUUCCGAGGAAAUUAACACCAGAAAAGAACUUGAGGAUGCUUCUUUUUAACAACAAGGCUCCCCUUGAGAAAUCCCUCUCGAUGCCAGAUGUGAACAAUCGAGUGAAGAAGCGCGAAAGACUGAUGGUUUUGAGGGAAUACAUGCGAUCGGAAUCUGAGAGAUCCUUCGAUGAGGGACAAAUACGCAAAGCUCGUCUUCAGUCUUUGGGCUUAGCCUAUCUCAGCCCACAAAAUAAAUCUCUGGCCCAGAGCUUCCGCUAUAUGCGCAACAAACCCACAAUUAUUGCCUUCAAGACCCCUAGUUUGGAGAGCUGCGAACAACGACAAUCCACAAAUUCUAUCGGAUCCAUGAUCGUUUCUCCGGGGAUGUAUACGCAAAAGGAAGCUGAGGAGGGAAAGAUCUUGAGGCGUCUUGGCAAUAAUGAGGAAACUGGAGAAAGAGGACAACGUGCCAUGAAUUAUCCAGUUGGAAAGCCUCUGGAAAUCUUCAUCGAUGGCCCAUACGGUGCACCAUCGAGUCACAUUUUCCGUGCUCAGCACGCGAUCCUCAUUGCAACAGGAAUCGGCGUGACUCCAUUUGCAUCAAUUCUCCAAUCAAUUAUGCAUCGCUACUGGAAGGCACGGCAUUCCUGCCCACGCUGCAACUUCCAGUGGUCCAGUGAGAUCCCACAGAGUGUGAUGAAUCUGCGCAAAGUGGACUUCUUCUGGAUAAAUCGCGACCAGAGAUCCUUUGAGUGGUUCGUGAAUCUCCUGUCGCAGCUUGAGAUUGAACAAGCUGAACUUGGUGGUGCCAUGGAGAGAUUCCUGGAUAUGCACAUGUACAUCACGAGUGCCCUCCAGAAGUCGGAUAUGAAGGCCGUUGGUCUUCAGCUUGCCCUUGACCUUCUGCACCAGAAGGAAAAACGAGAUUUGAUCACGGGCCUGAAGACAAGAACAAAUGCCGGUCGCCCAAAUUGGGAUAAGGUCUUCAAGCAGAUUCAAGAUCAACAGCGCGGAAAGGUCACCGUCUUCUACUGCGGCCCCCCACAGCUGGGUAAGACGCUGCGCUACAAAUGCGAUCAAUACGGCUUCUCCUUCCGCAAGGAGAUCUUCUAACAUGAUCCCCAAGAUCACAUUUUCAUCGUAGAAUCAAAAGAUUUUUGUAUUUUUUUUUUGUAUUUAUUAAAAAAAAAGACAUUUUAAAA